AUUAAAUCUCUCAGAGUAAUAGACAUCAGACUCCAAUAUGAUGUUCUUCUUAUUAUUGUUUGGUCUUUCUCUGGCUGCUGUGGCUCCUUUGGAUGGACAGGAGAUGAAGCUACUGCGUGGCGGCUGCCCCGUGUUCUGGUACAGCUUCGAUGGCCGCUGCUACAAAUACGUGGCCACACUGAUGACCUGGGGUGAUGCAGAGCAGCACUGCGUGUCCCAAGGAGCAAACCUGGUGUCCAUCCACAGUCUGGAAGAAGAGAACUUUGUCAAAAUGCUGAUCAGCAACUUUGAUCCGGCUCAGGGACCCAACUGGAUUGGACUCUCUGAUGCUCAGAAGGACGGGACAUUCUUCUGGUCUGACGGGUCUAAACUCUCCUUUACCUACUGGAGUGCAGAUGAGCCAAACAACUUUAAAGGACCUGAACACUGUGUUCACACCAACAAGGAAACAACCAAGAAAUGGAACGAUCUGCCGUGCAAUUGGGAAUUGUCCUUUGUUUGUAAAGCUCGGCCAGCUUGUUAA